AUGGAUCUGCCUUCCAUGACGCGAGAGAACGCGUCCGAGAUGCGUCAAAUCGCGGACGGUGCGUCGAGGCACAUAAACGCCCUUAAGGCAUUAAAAAGGCCCACGUCUCACUGGGACGAUCUCCUCAUCUUCUUGUUGAGCAGUAAACUCGAUACCGUGUCUAUGCGAGAAUGGCAGAAUUCGCUGAUCACCACGGAACUGCCCACAUUCAAACAAUUUUUGGAUUUUGUAACUCAUCGCAGUCAAAUGUUGGAAGCUUCGGGAAAGCCCAAUUCUACUACAGCCAAGGCUGAGGCACAUUCCUCUGCAAAAACGAAACGUCAAGCUGCCUGCGCAGCAUCUGUUAAGUUCAGGUGCACCCAUUGCAAGGAGGAACAUUCAAUAUAUUUCUGUCCCAAGUUUUUAGCACUUACAGUUCAUCAGAGGAUAGCAGAGGUACGUAAGGCUAAAUUGUGCGCAAAUCGUCUGCGAUCGACGAGCCAUAACGCUGGCAAAUGCGUCUCUGGAACCUGCAAGACAUGCAAGAUGAAACACAACACAUUAUUGCACCUCGACACAAGUACCGCCGAUUCGCAGGGGCGGGACGAGAAGUCACAAAGUAUCAAAGCAUCGACGACCUCAUCCACAACAGUGGUCACGCACGGUUUUAAUUAUCGCUACGACGAACAUAUUAUGCUGGCAACGGCAGUCAUCUACGCAUUCGAUAACAAGGAAUCGCGCAAGCCAUGUCGUAUAUUGUUGGAUUCUGGUUCGCAAGCAAAUUUUAUCUCUAAAGGCUUCCUAGACGUACUCAAUAUCAAGGCGAAGGAUUCUAAUAUUUCCAUUUCAGAGAUAAACAACAUGGCAACUACGUCUUCGCAAAUAGCACAGAUACAACUGCAGUCACGUAUUAACUCAUUCAGCGCCAAGAUCAAUUGUUUCGUCACCGACAGGGUGACUGACAAAAUACCCUCUUUCACUUUAAAAAGAAGCGCAUUUGAUAUUCCACGAAAUAUUGAGCUGGCCGACCCUCAGUUCCACGUAUCGUCUGACAUUGAUAUCCUGAUUGGCGCGGAGCUGUUCUGGCAGAUUCUCUGCGUAGGACAAAUUAAGAACUCUCCGGGACAUCCAACUCUACAGAAGACACGUUUUGGUUGGAUCCCUGCGGGGCGAGCCGCACAAUCAUCCCAAUCUACAAAGCGCAUCCAGGCCUUCGCAGCGUCGAUAUCUAAUGCCCAGCUUGACGAACAAUUUAGUCGCCUCUGGAAAAUGGAGACGAUAGAAGGCACAAGAAAUCUUACCACAGAAGAACUGGCCUGCGAACAACAUUUCGUAAAUACAAUAGAGCGAACGGCCGAGGGCAGGUACAUGGCAUGCCUUCCUUUCAAGAAGCAAGUCGAGCCUAAAUUUGAAAACACAAGAGACAUCGCGCUCAAGCGCCUACACGGAUUAGAAAGAAGAUUUACACGUGAUCCGGCGUUAAAAAUACAAUACACACGAUUCUUGGACGAGUACCGUGCAUUAGGCCAUAUGAAGCAAGUGACCAAUUGGAGUAAGGAUGAGCAAGAAGUUUUCUACUUACCUCAUCAUUGUGUGUUUAAAAAUGCAGCGGAUCGCUCUAAGAUUCGCGUGGUAUUUGAUGCAUCCUGUAAGGAUAGCACCGGAACAUCUCUCAACGACACGCUCUUAACGGGGCCAGUCAUCCAACAAGAUCUCAUGUCCAUUCUGGUCAGAUUCAGAACCUUUCGAUACGCCUUUGUAGCUGACAUUAUUAAAAUGUAUCGUCAGAUACUCAUCCACCCUUCGCAAACUCGAUACCAGCGAAUCUUAUGGAGAGAUGACCGCACGGCAGAUGUAGAAACAUACGAAUUAACUACCGUCACAUACGGCACAUCGUCUGCAUCGUUUAUAGCAACAAGAUGUUUGAAACAGUUGGCAGAGACGUAUCACGGUAAAUAUCCCGUGGCAGCAUCUCACGUAAGAAGAGACUUCUAUAUGGACGACUUGCUCACGGGUGCAGAUUCAAUAGCUCAAGCAAAGAAGGCACGCGACGAGAUAAUUCAGUUGUUACGAGAAGGAAGUUUCGAGUUGAACAAGUGGGCUUCUAACUGCCCCGAACUGUUGGAUCAGGUGACCAAACACGAUCGUGUGCUGGUUCCGAUAGGCGAGGAUAAGGAUUCCUCCGUAUUGGGGAUCCAUUGGAAUCACGCCCAGGACACAUUCUACUUCUCCUUCAAGAUUGGCGAACAUCCAGCAGUGAUAUCGAAACGCACGAUUUUAUCAGAGUUAUCCAGUUUGUUUGAUCCGUUAGGUUUAGUAGGACCUGUACUUGUAUUAGCAAAAUUAAUCAUGCAGGAUCUUUGGCAGGCAGACAUCCACUGGGAUGAGUCGGUUCCCCCUAACAUUGAUCUGCGUUGGAAAAAUCUGAGACUUCAAAUACCUAUCAUAAAUCAUUAUGCUAUUCCGCGCUGCGUCCGCUACAGUACAAGACCAGGACACACACAAUUACAUGGUUUUUGCGAUGCGAGUGAACGGGCAUACGGUGCUUGUAUUUACAUACGAACACAAAUUAAAGCUAAUAAAUUUCGAGUGGAGCUUCUAUGCUCCAAAUCCCGGGUAGCUCCCAUUAAAAGUCAAUCGUUGCCACGUCUCGAACUGGCAGCAGCCGUACUAUUAGCGCAAUUGGUCGAUAAGAUAAGCGAAGCCAUCCACGUAGACAAUAUACCCAUAUUCCUUUGGUCGGAUUCAACGAUAACCCUAAAUUGGAUUUCGUCACCAUCACGCAAGUGGACAGUUUUCGUGGCAAAUAGGGUCGGAGAGGUGCAGCGUCUUACGAGGAUCGAUAGCUGGCGCCACGUCUCAUCCGCCAAUAACCCUGCCGAUAUACUGUCAAGAGGCCAAACCCCCGGUGAUUUGCUGAGUGCUGCCUUGUGGUGGCACGGGGCACUCUUCUUGAUGGAAGUAGAGCAGAAAUGGCCAAACCGCAACUUCAAUAGGUUAGAACCCGCGCCGGAACUACGGAGAGUCGCAGCUGCGGUGGCCGCCAUAGGCCAAUCAGACAUCGAGGAGCUAUUAUGCAAAUGUUCAAACCUGAGCAAGGCAUGCCGCAUUCUGGCGUAUUGCCUUAGAUUAGGCAAGGUGUACAAUCGAAACACAUCAAGGACAUUCAUCUCGCUUUCCGAGUGCCGUUUCGCGUUGGAUAUCAUGUGCAGAGAAAUUCAAAAACGAUCGUUUCCCAGUGAGUACAGGGCAUUAUCAAAAGAUGAGACUAUAAACCCGUCCAGUUCCUUGCUUUCCUUAUCCCCAUUUUUGCACACUGACGGGCUGAUUCGAGUAGGAGGCAGGUUGAGGGAAUCGGAUUUAAAUUUCGACGCUUCACAUUCUAUACUAUUACCGCGCGGACAUAUUCUAACGAAGCGAAUUAUAGAACAGGAGCACAUAAGAAACGCUCACGCCGGCAUACAAGCCACCAUGGCCACAAUAAGACAACGCUUUUGGCCGUUAUCAUUGCGAUCGACUACGCGAAAAAUAGUGCACGAAUGUAUAACUUGCUUUAAAGCUAAACCGUCCCUUUCAGAGGUUGUGAUGGGUUCUUUGCCGGCCGGGCGUGUGACAGUAUCACGACCGUUUUAUCAUUGCGGCGUCGAUUAUGCAGGCCCGGUGAUACGAGAGGGAAAACGACGCAACGCGCGUUCUCUCAAGGCGUAUAUAUCAAUAUUCGUAUGUUUUGCCACGAAGGCAGUGCACAUCGAACUAGUAAGCGAUUUAACUUCAAACGCGUUUAUCGCGGCUCUUAAGCGAUUCGUGGCGCGUAGAGGUAAACCAGAAUAUAUAUAUUCGGACAAUGGGACCACCUUCGUGGGGGCCCAGGGUCAGUUAAAACAAUUCUAUGAAUUUUUAAAAGAUGACAAAAUACAGUCGGAAAUACAGCAUUUCGUUCGCGAACAACAAUUUUCAUGGAGCUUCAUACCACCAAAUGCUCCGCAUUUCGGGGGCUUGUGGGAGGCUGCAGUUAAGUCCGCUAAAUAUCAUUUAAAUCGAAUAGUCGGUAAAGCGAACUUAACAUUUGAGGAGUUAGCGACGGUAUUAUGCGAGAUCGAAGCGAUUUUAAAUUCGAGACCGCUCACCCCACUCAGUGAAGAUCCCAACGACCUGAGUUGCUUGACACCCGGGCAUUUCUUGGUUGGCGCCCCAUUGAACAGCUUCCCUUGCGAGGAUUUGACCGACGUAAAUGAAAAUCGACUCGUGCGUUGGCAAAGAGUUGAACAAAUGAGACAACACUUCUGGCGCAGAUGGAGUGUCGAGUAUUUGCAUACGUUGCAAGAAAGAAACAAGUGGAAGACCAAUAAAGGUCAACAGUUAAGAGUAGAUCAAAUCGUACUAUUAAAACAGCAGGGCUUAGCUCCUAUGCAGUGGCUGAUCGGUCGUAUAGAGAAAACACACGCGGGUCCAGAUGGACAAGUGCGAACUGCUACGGUUAGAACGGCGUCAGGAAAAUUUGUAAGGCCGCUAACAAAAAUCGCGAUAUUACCCUUAAAUAAUUAG